AAAAGUCUUAAAUAUGAGAAUCCAUACUUUGAAGAGUCUCUUUAUAGUCCUUAUAAUCUUGGUUGUAAACAGUUUUUAUACUCAUGCUACAGCUAUUGUGGCUCGACAACAACAGCAAGUUGAAUGCAAAUGCGCUUUUGAUUAUAUUCACAAGUCAAAUACAGUUACGGAAAAUAUACCUGCAAAUAGUAUUAACACGCAUUUAACUAUUACCUGCAAUUCAAAGACUGUAUCAACCGAAGUUACCGAGUAUGCAUUAUGGAAAGUAGUUGAUGGUAAAUUUGUUAAUAUGGAGGGUUAUGGACUAAGAAAAUUAGGUCCCGGUUACUAUUCACUCCAUGCAGACCCUUCAGAAUGCUAUAAUGCACCUAAAGAAGGAUUAAUUGGUGCCGCCAUAGCAUAUUUUACUAUUUACUCAAAUAAUCCGGAUAUAGUGAUUACAAAACAAAUAGAUGGUUCAUGUUUUACUAAAGAAAGAGUCGUAGUUAACUGUCCUCCAACAGUUUAGUAACUAUCCAUUACUAUUACUAUGUAAUAAUGAUGAUUUCGUUCAAGAAGGCGAUGAAAAAUUGAUCAUGUUUUAUUAAUUUUUUUUUUAUAAUACUCAUAUUGGGUAUAAUUGAUGGUGGGGAACUAGUGAUAUUAAUAUUUAAUACCAUAUCUUUAGUAUUUUUGGAAAUUGUACCACAUGAGUUCUUUUCAUUAAUUACGUAAAUAAAUAAGAAAUAUAUCUGUAAUCUUUAUCAUGAUAUUAGUUCACUUUGUAUUGUUAUAAUGAAAGGUUAUUGACAAAAAACUUUGUAAUUCAUUUUAUUGUUAAUAAUACAAAAUGAAAAAUAAUAAAUCUGGUGCUCCAAUAAAUACUU